CGCCCCCCGCCGCCGCCGCCGCCGCCUAGGAAGCGCUGCCGCGCACUCCCUGCCCUUGCCAGCCUGGCCCGGCCCCCUCCAGCCCCGGAGGCGGGCCGAGGCGGGGAAAAGCGCUUCUCCGACGGCGGAGCAGAAAGUCCAGCGCCCAGCACCGUCUCCAAGAAGCCCCCGGGUGAAAGUUGUGGCCCUCCUUCCCGCGCGCAGAAACAGGGAGGAAAGCACACACAGCUGGCAAGGAGACAGCUGGCAAGAGGUUCUCACAUCUUGAGAAACAACAUGUACUCUCAGACCUUCAAGGAAGCAGUCGUAGCAUUUCCCGUCUAUCCCUCUAGAAAUGUCUGCUCCUCCAACAGCCCCCAACUUCGCAGCCGCCCCACCACCUUCCUAUGAAGAAACAGCAAAGUUCAACCAGCCUGCUCCAUAUCCCUACCCAUACCCUGCCCCAGGGAAUGGUGCUGGACCUGCAAUGAAAGAGGGGCAAAUUCCUCCAUAUCCUCAACAUCCUGGGGCAAUGCCCGGGCCUGCUCCAGUUACGGUCCAGGCAGUCUACGUCCAGAGCCCGGUGCUUUUCCAUGACCGUCCUGUGCAGAUGUGCUGCCCUUCCUGCAACAAGACGAUUGUGACCCGCGUGUCCUUCAAUGCAGGCGCCCUGGCCUGGCUGUCUUGUGGAGGCCUCUUCCUGCUGGGGUGCUGGCUAGGCUGCUGCCUCAUCCCCUUCUGUGUGGAUUCUUUGCAGGAUGCAGACCACUAUUGCCCCAACUGCAACGCUCUUCUCGGCACCUACAAGCGCCUCUGAGGGGGUGUGGUCCAAGAAGGGGGUCCAGGAUCUUCGGGAGCCCUUCUGAAGAUGGUUGUCUAGGAAAACUUGUACCACUCACUGGCUUUUCUGUCUUCAUGUUCAUGCUUAUUCUGUCCUGCAAAGACGACCCUGAGCCACUCUGACUUGCUUUGCAGGCCAGUGAGGGGAAGAACCAGUACAGAACCGAAACCCUCCACCCUAUUGGUGCCAGUCUCCAGUAUGGUCUCUGCGCUGAAAUCCACAUGCAAUGUCUGGCUUUCAGAUAACUUCUAAGGAGCCUGCCGUCCUUAGCUGUACUGCAGAGGCGAGACACCCCAGAGCACCUAGAGCAAGUGGUCUGGAGCAAGAGCGUCUGGAGACCACCAUAAAAAUCGUAGUUUCUGUUGGAGCUUUGGGUACCACACAGAAUUGCUAAGAGAUCUUGAAGCUUUUCUGUGCUGCCAAGAAGGAAAUCUGUGAAAACAGCUCCCUGCUGCACAGGCCAAGAGUCUGUUGUUUUUUUUAAUGACCCAAGUGAUUUUUGUUAUGUUUGAGCCAAAGUGUGUGUAAGGUUGCUUCUCGCUGCUUAAAUUCUACCCAAAGGCUGGGAUCUUUCCGCUGUCUUAUCCAGUCUGGCUGUUCAAAAGCCAAUGGUUCUGAUGUGGCAUUUCUCAUCCAUAGGGUGAGAGCACUUCCUGCGGAGGCCCCCAUGGGGAUCAAAAUGAGCGAUCAGCUGACAGAUGCCAUGACCAUUGAGAGCCGAUUCCUAGUUAGGGAUAUUUAACGGCAGUAUUUCCAUCUCACCCCAGUGACACAACUGGACAGGGCAAUUCUUGUUUGCAGCCCCUCCCACCAGAUGCCAAAUGAGGGCCUUUGCAGUGACCUCCCGCACCCCCGACUUGACUACCUAGUCAUGGCAGUCUUGGUCAGGUGCUUGAGGAAAUGUCCACCCUGAACUAAAAGCAGGGUUUGUGGGGAGCGGGCAGAAGGUGGCCGAAGGCUGCCUGCACAGCCUGGAGGGGGGGCAUAGUAGAUUUCAUUUUGAACCUGACACACCUUCUUAAGAUGACAGCGAUGCACAUGUGGAUCUUGGCAAAAUCUCUCUAGAAAGGGGGAUUUGCUCCAGAUUGGCCUGGAGAGAAACGUGAACUGUUGAAGCCUUUUUAAUGUUCAGAAAAUGCAUGCCAAAACUUUGCAAUAACCGGACAGCUGUGUGUUUUCUUUACAACCUCUUGAAUAAAUUUAUGCAUCUUGUUAAGAAAACACAAAAGUAAAUGUGUCUGUUUUCACUUUC